AUGACGCGGAAACGAAGGCUCUCUAGGCAAGAUAACAUCGAAAACGACGUUAAAAAGGUUAACUACUCUAUCAGGCAGUUUUCUUAUAUUUACGAAUACUUUCUAUAAUGAAAUAAGUAUCUCACGCUGCAGGGUGACGAUUUGUACAAACACAAAAUGGAAGACGUUCAGGAAACACUUGUGGAAGAAGAAGUUGAGCAUUACCAUUAUGAGAUGGAAAACGUUGAGGUUUUCGAAGAAUGUAUAGCAGAAAAUGAUACGGUUGGUUAUAUCCCUUUUUCUUCUCUUCAUCUUUUGUUUUCAGCAGCAUGAUUUUGUGGAAGGACAGCUCGAUAUACCUAUAACAAUGAAGAAAAGGUUUUUUUUUUCGAUUUUACGGUUUGUAUGUAACUGUAUACUAUUUCAGGAAUUCCAUAGUUCCAAGAAAACGAAGACCAGCAGCAGGGAACCAAUUCAUAAACUACGCAGCGCCGAAGUUUUUUGAAAACAUCAUCCGAUUAGCCAUUUCUUUUGAAGGUAUUACGACCGCUACAAAAGUCAGGAUUAUGCAAGGCGCAAUGAUUUGAUGAAGUACUGUCACGUGUGUCGAAAAAAAGUGAUUGGAAAGUUACGCGUCCUCCCGGGAGAUCUGAAAGUUUUCGCACUUCACAUGAGUUUAUGAAUGUCAAGGUUUAGAUGAGAAAAGUUUGGAUUUUGCGAUCAAAUCUCGAUGCGGAUCGGUCAGCAGAGCUUUGGCUGAGAGAACUUGCUUGUGAAGGUUCCUGAAAUUUCGUUCAUCUUUGCAGACGGCGCUAUCCGGAUGACGUCAUAUUUUGCAGGUUCUCACGGUGGAGAGUUUUGCGAAAGCCAUUUUGCCCCCGGUUCAAAGGACCUGAAGGCACACGAAAUAUUUCCUUUUUGAUCGUCGGCCAUUGGUAUUUAAUUUUUUUCAAAAGUUUUGUUUGGAACUGGGAUUCUUUCAACACUUUUUAAAAUUGGAAAUUUUUUCAUUCUUCUCAAACAAACUUCUUGUUAAAUUUUUCAAAAGAGAACGAAUAUGCUGUGAAAUAGUUUUGAAUGAAAUCUGUGUGAUCUUUUUGAAAAAAAAAGGAUUAGAAAUCGCUGAUGUUUAAUCUAAUUUGAGAAAAUUUGAUGAUUAAUUUUUUUAAUAGGAAGGACGUCAUACUGUAGUCGAGGACAUCUCUUUCGACUUUGAUUCUUUGGUUUUGGACUGCGUUUAUUGCGGACAGCAGAACAAUCUCAACAACAUGAUGCCCGUUAUACGAGUAACUACAUUUUUUGAGUCGUAUAGUCAAUUUUUCCUUAUUUAGAAGGCGAAUUGUGAAGAUUGGCAAGGGUGACUUGUUGAGUAAAUUUUCUGUUCAUUUAACUGAAAUUGGUAAAUCAUAAACGACGAAAAUAAUUAUCGAAAAUUACAAAGAGAUAGGGGAAGCGCAAAGAAAGACGCAUUUGAUUUCGACUUUCCCGUCAAGAGCUGCGUCGUAUCCUUGCCAAUCUUGCCGUAUCAUAUUUUAUAUGGGGAGAAAUCUAAAAUUAGACUAAAAAAAGUUUUUUUUAGAAUCGAGCCAAGCGUGCUCUUUGGGUUGAAGCUCUCUCGGACGGUGAUGAAGAAGUGAAAACGUAUGUUUUUUGGGACAAAGAAAUAUAGGCUUUGAGUAUAUAUUUUCAGAUUUUAUGAAUUUUAUUCACAUACUGUAACCUGCUUGAAUGUCAAUUGAUUCAAGCAAAUUUUCGCGAAAUAUUGAUGACUUUGAACGAAUAAAACCCACCUUUCCGAGCAAUUUCAAUAAGUUUUGGGGUUUUCUUAAGCCAAUUAAAAUUGAAUUAGGUUGUGUCGAGAAUAAAUCAUGAAAUUGUGAAAAAGUGAAUACUUCGGACGAGUGUUUUCUCAUAUAGCAGUUUUUCGAAAACUUGAUUUAUACUUGAAGGCGACUCCAAACUCUUCUGAAAGGCGGCGUGACGCGUUUCAUCUGCGAUUGGCACAUGGCCGAUAGCACCUUCGAAAUUAACAGUUUCGGCGAGUGGAGACUUCUCAAAAACGCACUUCCUGACCCAAGCGUCCGUUUUUUCUGUUUUUGUUGCCGGAUAUUUUGAAAUCAUGGUUUUAGCUCCGCGAAUGCGACAAAAUGGGCGCUCGUACUUAUUUGGUCGACAAACCGCGAGACGUCUCUUUUUGGGAGAAGGACUUGUGGAAAAAGGUGGAUAUUUUGUCGGCUGUCGACCAUAUCGCAGAUUCCUCCUCCUCCUCCUCCUCCAGAGAUAAAUUAAUAGUUAGAUCAUUUCUAAGCUAUAAUAUAAUUGAAAUACGGUUUCAGGAGGACUCUUUUGUCGAAAUCGACUGUGAAACAAAGGCCACGUCCGUAGGCAAACAAAGUAAAGGUACAAAAUUUCUUCUUUUCUCAUUUUCCGGUUCAAUUUUAAAGACAACUUCUGAUGAUUUAAUAUCACAUUUGAAAAGACCGCUCAAAGAUCUUUUUCAUUAUUUCUAUUUAAGAAAAAGCCGAGCAAAAGACAGUCGCGUGCAAAUUCGAAGUGGAUGACGUGGAUGUAGAGGUUCGUUGUUGGGGGUGAAAAUUCUCGAGGGAAGGGAGUUUCAGUCGAACGCUGUUCGGGAAAUAGCCCUUUCGAGGCAGGGCCAGAAGAAACAACUCGAUUUUAUCGCGGGAACUGCUGGAACUUCAAAUUCUUUUGAAGGAGGCAACUCGGAAGACUAUUCAGACGAGUCUGACGCUGAAAACGAAGCUGUCAAUAAGGUAUUUUUUUCUUCAACAAAAAAAAAAAAAUAAAUAAACAAACACUUUUCAUCGAUUCCAGUUGUCUUCUUUUUUUUUUCUGAAACUAUUUAUUUGCAAAAAGUAUAGUGGUCGAUCUUUUUCCGCAAACUUACGAGAAUCGCUGAAAACUAUUGGAAAGUUAUAUUUGAGCCGAAUAAAGUCAAAAAAAAAACAUCCGGUAGUAAAGAGAUUUGUGAAUAAAUUUUCUCGCAUCAUUCUCCUCAACAUCUGAUGAACACUACGCAAAACCAUAUGGGAUACCAAAAAAAAAACCUCGUGCCAUUGAGAUAUGGUUUUCAGUUGGAAGAGAUGCCUUACGUGGAGCGCUUUUGCCAAGUCUGCUCACGAAUCGUCGACGUCAACUCACCCUCCGAAUUCGCGAAUUUGCCGCGCACUUGGCCCUUCGACGAGUUUUUUCUAGUCGGAAAGAUCAAAAAAAAAAAGUCAAAAAGUUCAGAUGUCGACAUGAAAAAUGGCUGGAAUUGAUGGAUUGGCCACGCGAUUUCGAAGAUUCCAUGCGCUCUCUGUGGCUCAAACGACGCAAUGAAAGCAAUCUUUCUUCGGAUGGAUAUCAUUUUUGUCCUAUCAACGUCUGCCAAUCGCAUCUCGACUUCAGGGUAUCUUGGCUUUUCUUCUUUUUUUUCUUUCUGUGAAAAUCUGAAAUCCGGAGUUUAACGCAGCUGUACAUCAAGAACAUUACGCUACAAUCUUCCCUCUUCUGAUAUUUGAUUUUCUUAUUUUCGACCAGACAUUAGUGUGUUGUCGUCAUCUGUCAGUGUAAUAGCUGUCCAUUUUUUUAUUUCAUUGUAAUAACUGUCCAUUUUUUUAUUUCAUUUCUGCCGACUUGGUUAUACCGUUGUAAAACCAAAAAAGUCUCUCAAACGAUGAACUUGAAAAGUUCAACGAUUUUUUUUCCAGAAAGUUGGUGAGAAAAUGGACGCCUGGCUGCGAACCUAUUGCGUUGUCUGCGAGGUUUGCCUCAAAUCCGAGAGUCUGUUGGUCCCGCUGCCCCAAUCUCAGCAGCAGAGGUUCCUCGUCUGCUCUUUUCCGCGUUUCAUUUCUUCCAUUCUCAGGAUCGUCUGGAUCGAGACUUUGCUACCUCAAAUCCGCAACUCGAAAACGCGAGCGAAAAAGUGGAGCUGGGUGAGAUUUUUUUUUUCAAUUUAAUGAUUCAUUUCAUUUGCAGAAAAAAAGAAACAUAGUUAAAUUGAUUUUUUUGUCUGACCACUUUUUUUACAGAUAAUAUUGCAGUCUCAAGUAAGUUGUUAUUAUUGAGUGGGUCAAGCCUUUUUUUCUGGAAAAAAAUCAUACGACGUGUUCAUCGAGAUAUUAUCAAGAUAAAAAAACAAAAAAAGCUAAAACUGAAUUUUUCGAUUUCGAAAAAAAGGGAAUAGCGCUAUUUAAAAAAAGGUGUAUAAGUUUCAAUUUAGGGCGAAUUGUGUAAAAAUGUCAUGAUCCAAGAAAUAUAUAUGUUCGAUCAGGUCUUUGUCAGUCUUUUCAUUGAUUAAACUAGUUUUAUUCUGUUUUUUCCAGCUACGGGAGCGUCUGACGCGAAGAAAGCCGACGAAAUACCGGAUGUGUGUUUUUCACUUUUCUCAAGAAGCUUUCGUCGAAAAAGACAACAAAUGUGUGUUCACAGGUCGCGCCUUGCCUUUGCCUUUGGUUCGAAGGAUCCUCUUGAUUUCUUGAUUUAUGCUUCUAUUUCAGACUCACGAUGAAGUAGUUCCCAUUCCUCGAGGCCCCGAUGCCGUCAGCAAAUGUCUCAUGUGCGACGACUGGAAGAAACAAUGUUGGUUCCACUCAUUCUUUUUUCAAGCAAUUAAUCAAACUCGAAUUGUUUCUUUUUUCAAGCCAGGUUUGGCCCCUAUGAUUUCACAGUCAAUAUUGAAUCGCAGAAUAAAAAAAAAAAAUUUACAUUCAGCGCUGUUUUAUGACAGCGUGUUUUAAAGUCGAUUUCACCUUAUUUUUUAUUCAUUGUUCGGUUUAUUGCGAGAACACCUUCAUCAAAUAUUGUAUCAAGCUCACGAUGAAUGAACUAUUUCAGUAGAGUGUUAAGGAGAGUGGCCAGCAUUCCUUUUGCACGAAUAGCCUUUCUUUCAGUUUUUAUUUGUGAACAGCUGAAAUUUCGUCAAAUUUUGAAACUUUUUUCAGCUGACAUGCAAGAAUUGCGCUGGCCUAACACAGAUUCGGAAAAAGUGUUUUUGACGGACGCGAUUUUCGGAGCAGACCGAGUCGUAAGUUUUUCUUUUUUGAAUUUGGAAUUUAAAAUAAUUGCAGUAUGUUCGGCGCGCUAUCGAUUAUAUGACAACUGUGAAGAAGCCGAUCCUCAUUUGUUCUUACCAUUUUCCUGACCAAAUGGUUUCCUAUUUCUUCCAUGACCUCGAGAUUACUCCGAUGCUUUCUUCCAGAACCCGUUCGAUCUGAUUGCCGAGAGACGCAUCUCCUAUGGGAUCACCGUGGAGUGUAUUCUCUGCUCCCACUGCGAGGACGCCAGUGGAAUGGUGCCUUUUCCUUCGGAGGCUGCGGCAAAAACUCGUUGGCUGAAUGCUAUGUGUCGAGAGCCUUGGGUGAGAUCUCAACGAAACUGGUCUCAAACUUUUUUCGAAUAGUUCAAGCCGCUUCUACAAAUAAGUCACUCCAAAAAUUGAAAAUACGGUCAGGAGAAACAGUUCAAAAAGAGAAAGGAAAAGAAAAACACUGGAAUAUAAGACUAUUUAAAAAAAUUUAACAAAAAAAUCUAUUUAGAAGCGAAUUAGUGCGAAAAAUUAUGGAAAAUGUCCAAUUUUAAAGAUUUCCCGAAUCAAAAGAAAGGCUUUUGGUUUUUUUCUCUCAAAGUUAUCAUUAUUAGAGAAGCUCGAAUUUUUUGUUUUUAUAGUUAGGCCCUACACGCUACCAAACAACACGGAUAACUUUAAAUUUUGAGGUUCAUCGUUUUCUGAGCGAAAGACUGUCUGUGGAAGGACGUCACUACCUGUGUGCAGCCCACUUCCACAAAAACGCCUUGCGAUUCUUCCCUGGCUUGGGACUUUGGAAGCGCAGUGGAUAUGUGCCUUUGCUCGCCUGUCAUUCAGAGGAGGAGAAAAACGCGGUUCAGCUACUUGCCAAAAACGUGACUUCUGAUCUUUUAUGCCGAAAAAAUGGAAGGUUUUCAGAGAGACGAGUACCGUCCUGUACUCAUCCAAGGCCUCGAUGAAAACGGCAUCAAGCCUAUCGAGUACGAUUUCGUCGUUCAAUAUCUUGGAGAGGCGCGAAUUAAAGAGGUUUUUUGAAGAUAAUUUCAUCUUUUUUUGCCAGUGUAGUUUUCUUGAAGAAUUUCUUUUUGGGCAGUGUGUUUUGAGGCUGGCAAAUUCAAAAAACUGAAAAUUCGUCCUUGGAGAAAAGCUCCCAGUAGAAAGAAAAUUGAAAAGCCUGUUUCAGAAGAUAUAGGAAGAAAAGGGUGAUGAGAAAUUACACAAGGCUAGAGAGCCGGUUUAAGAAAACUAAUAUGAAAGAAGAAAAAAAAGCUAUUUUUAUUUUUACAAGAUACUUUGGGAAUUCACUUUUUUUUUAAACGGAAAUAACAUAAAUGUUUAUUUUAUAGACUCUUCUGUUUUUAAGCUUAAAAGCUUUUUAUUUUUCCCUCCUCGUGUUCUUUAUUGAACGGGAAAAAAAAUUUUUAACCAUUUCUCAAUCGCUUAUUCUUAAUUAUCCUUUUGGUCAAAGCGGAAAAUGGUUUUUUAAAUCGUGCAGAACGCAUUGACUUCGGUCUAACAAGAGAAGUGUUUUUGGUGGCCGGUUGAACUUUUGUUGAAACUUUGCUGAAGAUACUAUAAGACCUCCUCUUUCCAGAACACAAAUAAAAUUUCUCGCAAUAGAUCUCGUUUUCGAGUUAUGUAGCUUCAAAGUUUGCACGCUGAAUUAGUGCUGCAAGGCAAGAGGGAACGUGGCUCGCGUACGAUCCCUCUACUCUAGCCACUACAUAACGCUGCCAACUGGAGUAGAGGGAUUGUACGCGAGCCACGUUACCUCUUGCCUUGCAGCACUUAUUCAACGUGCAAACUUUGAAGCUUCAUAACUCGAAAACGAGAUCUAUUGCGAGAAACUUUAUUUGUGUUCUUGUAAGUUUCAAGAAAACAAGCUCCCUUAAUUUUGAUAUUACUAGACGGUGUACCUAAUAGUCUAUGCCCAACAUGACCUUCUUUGUAAGAUCGGAUUUUGCUGCUGGAAAAUAACAAAUAAGUUGAGAUCGAGGACGAGAUUUACGGCCUCGUGAUGUCUUGCCAAAAGGAAGAUGACGGAGAAGUCGAGAACGAAGUUUACGAAGAGGAAGUUUUCGAAGAAACAACUCAGGUCUUCGAAAUUCCUGAAGACUUAGAGCAGUCCCAGUAAUACAUUUGUAAACUGCAUAAUGUUUUCUCAGCUUUUUGAUUGAAAACGGGUUUUCAUCCUUUUCAAUUUUUUUAUAUUGCCCUUUCGUAUAAAGUACUUUUCACGAAACUCUUGUUUUCGCCCAUGCGUUUUUCUCGCAUCUCCAUUUUCUCUGAUUGCCGAUUUUCGAAGUUUUUCGUUUGGUAGAAGUUGAAGGUCCAUAGAAUCUGUUCAAAACACGGUUUUUUCCUUUCUGCAUAGUUAGAAAACGGUUCUACCACAGGGAUAGAGGCUUUUUGCUGCACUCUUUCAGUUCAGAAUGGCGUUCACAUUCGCCGCCUUCUGCUACCUUUUGGCACUUAUCGCCGUUGGCUUCUGCGUUUUCUUCGCCAUCUACACGGUUCGAGGCGUUCACUAUCUCUCAAUAGAUUGAGUUUCAGGUCAUCUGUGUUGACGAACUGCGAACCGAUUACAAAAACCCUAUCGAACAGUGCAGAAACUUGAACCAGGUUGAAUUUUUUCGAAUCGUUCAAAACCCUUCAUAUUUGUGCUGGAAAAAUAUUUGUUUUUCGAAUUUAGCUAAAAAAAAACUUUUUGUGAGAUUCCGAAUAAAUUAGCUAAUUUUUCUGGAUUCAUGUAGAACGUAUUUCAUGCGCUGAAUUCGGAAAGAUCGUAUCAUCUCUUAUAAAAUACACAUAGUCCAGAGCCUCAAAAGUUUUUUUUUCCCGUGAUUAACACGCAGUCUCUGUAAUUCUCAAAAUCAACGGGUACAGAAAAAAAAAUAUUUUUUGAUUUCAAUGAAAUUUCAACCGGUGUUAUCAUAUGACGUCAGGAUUGCGGACACGAUUUUUUGAGCCAUUUCCUCUAACCGUAACCGGGUUACGGUAGGGAGGUGGUCACCUGCGUAUCUAAGAAUUGACAAGUUUUCUCUAGGCAAGUUGUAUAUCAAUCGAUAGGUAAUGCAAUUUUAAAAAUUUUUUCAGUACAUACCAUCUUGGGUUACUGUAGAAAUUUUUGAGAUACGGUACUUUUUGUGUUUGCGACUUUGGUUUUUUGGUCACCCUACUCACAAUAGUUAUUUGCCGUUAAAGUUACCUCUCUAAAAGAUGUGUCAGGUCAUCAGCUACAAAUUCAUACCACAUUGAAAAAAUUCCGAGAUACCCAUCAUGUCGCAAAAUCGCGCCGAACGCGCGCAACUCGGGGUCCUAGCGCUUAGACUCGCCUUGGAUGAUGGCCUCUAACCUUCUUUUAUUGCCUUGAACUUUUUUUCUUGAAACUACAGUCCAUAAACUUCUGGUAAAAGUCAUUUUCACAAAGUUUAGCCCACUUUACGGCCAGAAAGUUCACUUUGAAGUCGAUUUUGGCUUGAAAGUUGAGGUUUUUGAGGUUCUAUGCUUUUUUUUGGGAGGACUAUCACCGUUUAGUGUUGGCCAUUAGUGUUUCAUCACGCAUCCACAUCUCCCAAAGGUCUUCUGAAACCUAAAGUACAAAAAUCUCAUUUACCCAUCAGCUGAAAAACUCAGUUUUAAGACGAUUUCGGCCUGAACACAUCGUUUUUUGAUAAUCCACACCUCUUUUGGGUAAACUGUCAUCGUUUCCUCUUUUCUAUUGGUUUUUCACGUGGUUCCUGCAUCCACCAAGUUCAUUUUGAAGUCUGAAAUUUUCCGUUUUAGCUACCCGUCGGCCGGAAAACUCAGUUUGAAGACAAAACUGACUUGUUAACAGUCUUUUUGAGGUUCAAUGCUUUGUUUUGGACUCGCUAUCGGGUUGCAUUGCAUUCUUUUUUAGUUGUUCCUUUGAUUUUUGUGCUACCCACAAAUACUGCGACCUUAUAUUUCGACGAUAUAUUUUUACCUGUCGCCUUGAAUUCUGGGUAGGGUGCAUCUUGAGUUUAGAAUUUUUAUCAGAAUUUUUUUAAUAGAUUCCGAAGCCCAAAAGAAUGCUCACUUCAGAUAAGCUUCGAGAACUUUCUUCGAGAACUUAAAAGUCCAAAAAAGAUACCAAAAUUUAAUUGUUCGUCUAAUUCAGCUCAUCCUGCCGGAGUACUUGAUCCACGGAAUAUACUCGUUGAUGUUCGUCUUCAGCUGGCAACUCAUCGCCAUCCUCAUGAACCUUCCCUUGGCGCUUUAUCACAUUUACAGGUGAGCUUUCCCUCGUUACUCUCAUCGACUUCCCUUUGAGCUACCUCAAUCGGCCAGUCAUGUCCGGGCCCGGAAUCUACGACCCGACCACCAUCCUCAACCGCUCAGUUCUUUCUUCGACGUUGCGCGUGUCCUGGGCCAAGCUCGCUUUCUACCUCAUUUCCUUCUUCUACUAUCUCUAUGCGUCAGUUCGAUAUUUCUUACGAAAAAAAGCCAUUGGAACAGUAUAUUUAAAUUAAGUAAUUUGUUUUUUCGAAAUAGAAUACGUCUAGUCGGUAUCUGCGCAGAUGUAGUCUCUGUGGAGCGAAAAAUAGGAAAAUCUCAAUAUUAAAAGAAUCUGCGAGACUUAGAAUCCUGCACUUUUUUUUAAGCAACCUUUUUUUAAACGCUUUGUACCGUGUUAGAGAGCGUUUGCGCCAAAAAAAGACAUUUCAAUGAAUAACCGAAAUUGUCUCUCAUGUCUGUCAACUUUUUUCUCGCUCAAGUUUGUUUGAAAGGAUCCUGAAAAAGAUUUGUAUGUUCUUUUUUGCAAGAAGUGUUUGUUUCUAGUAUGAUCUACACGCUCGUCACUUCGUCUUAA